UCUCUUGAACCCAAAAACAAACCCCUACUAUUAUCUAAAUAAAACAGCCCCUUUUUGCACUUUGAUUGCUACAGAAAUCCUUGUACAAAACUAUUGUUUUGUCGCUUUCCAAAGGACGGUUCAGUGGUUGAUCUUGCUAGUGCAAAGGCUAAUUUUCUGUUUUGCAAUUAUGGCUACAACUUUGCGUGAGAUGGCUACUAAUUUCCAGAAGUUAGAUCGCUUUGAUGGGGGCAACUUUAUUCAAUGGCAACGCAAGAUGCACAUCUUUCUCACAACUCUCAACAUUAGUUAUGUUCUCACUGAUGCUCGACCAGAGGAAAAUGAGAAUGAAACUUUGCAAGAUACAAGGAAAAGGAAAAAGUGGGAGAACGAUGAUUAUGUCUGCAGGGGCUGCAUCUUAAAUGGUAUGUGUGAUUCCCUUUUUGAUAUCUAUGUUCAUGAGUCUACUGCAAAAGAAUUGUGGGAUAAGUUAGAAGCAAGAUAUAUGAAUGAAGAUGCAACAAAUUCUGGUGCUAGAAAGCAUGUUUGCAAGGACAAAAGUCUAUUCAAGACUUUAAAACCAGAACUUGAAGGGAGUGUGCUGUAUGUGGGAAAUUCUGCAGCAGUACAAGUGAAAGGCAAAGGAACUGUGGACCUUGAGUUCACUUCUGGAAAAGUUCUCACUGUCACUAAUGUGCAUUAUGUGCCGUAUAUUCAACAAGUUUGUUGAACAAAUUUGGUUUUAAACUUGUAUUUGAGGCAGAUAAAUUUAUUCUGUCUAAGGGUGGGAUUUUUGUAGGAAAAGGCUAUGCUUGUGAGGGCAUGUUUAAGAUGAACAUUAAUAAUAAUACUAAUAAUAAGGGUGUUGUUUC